GGAUGGAUGAAUGGAAAGCCGACGAGAGAGUUCGCUAGUGAAUGGAGGUCACAUCAAUGUCUGUACUAUCCCACAACCUAGGACAGACAAUUUCAUCUGUGCAUCUCCAAGCGCUGCGUUUCACCCGCCGAACCCCGGAGCCUGCCGAUGGGUAAAAGGGUAAGGGCUGGGGGAGAUGGUUCUUGGCAGUAGAAAGUAUAAGCUGAAUGGGGGCAAACGUAUGGUUGAUGUCCAAAAAGUGUUACUCGAUGGCUGAGGGUAAGAGAAUCACAGGAAUUCCGCCGAAGUCGCAUCCUCCCCCUUCACGGCUUCGCCCAAAUUCUAUUCCCCCUUGGCGUUCUAGCGCACGUUCCUUACACCUACGUCAGGCCCUCUCACCAGUGCUAGGGUGUGUGCGGUCUCCUCGGGUCGUCAUUCGCCCGCGAGAAGGAGAUGGGAGAGUUGAGAGACACAAGCGCAGCACUGAGCUAGGGCGGCGGCUGGGGAGACACGGGGGGGACUACGCAGUAUUCACUGCAUCCUUCUCACCCUUUCGGUGUAUGAAAUGUCUUUCUCGCACUUCUAUUGAGUUCUCGAGUUGUAAUAAGGCCCUGUCAACAUUUGAACUAAACCCCGCAUUCGACUCGAUCGGCAUGCCGAUUUGCUGGGCCCCGGCCGUGUGUCUGCGCGGACGGCCAACCCAUCUCAGGGUCCAACCAACCAUGAACCUGGCAUGGCACUUUGCCUUUUUCUUCUCUUUGACGCUUGCUUGCUCAAUGUCUGUCCUACCCUGUCGUGCCUGUCUUGGGUUGUCCGAUGUUGCCUUACUUUGCCUUGCCUCUCCUCCUCGGCCUACUAUGCACACCCGGCUGAGCCGUGCACACCACCACUUACACCUACUUACCGAACCACAACGAUUACGGACAGACCAGGGGUCCAAGGCUCCGAAGAGGGUUGGCUGGGUUGAGGUAGACUUCCGCCGCAAAUGAGUGAGGGUUCGGGGUUGAAGGUGGGCAAGGUGAAUGUCUAUAAGUGCGAGCCUUUCCUCCUCUUUUACUCUCUGCUUUCUUUUCUAUCUCUGCACCCCCAUCCCUCUCAACGACCAAGAAGACAAUUCUCAAACUCGAUACAUCAGCUCUCAAGUUCACAAACCAUCAUCAACACUAAACAACCCCACCAAACACGCCGCCAACAUGCCCGUCGCUCCCUCCUGCUGCAAGUGCGGAAGCAUGAUCGUCAUCAGCAACUCGUGCCCGUCCUGCGGCCACCACGAGUGCCGAACAUGCCUCUAAAUGAACAACA